AUGAGGGCCCUUGAAGAAACGCUGUCAAGGUGGCAAGCAACAAGCGACUGUGUCGCCGACCUGCGGCGUGCCGUCAAGGACAACGGUCCCUCCAGCCCCUGCCUGUCUGGCUGCCGCUCCGUCUGCUGGAAGACGUUUCUCUUGUCCACGGAUGCUUCGCGAGCGGACCUGGCGCAGGUCCUUCGCCGUGACAGGGAGGAAUUCACCCACCGGAGAAGCCACUUCCUCAGGUUCAUCCACCAUCCCGAAGCCCUGGCACAGCUCACCAUCGACCCCCUGGCCGACGAUCCCGAGUCUCCCUGGAACACUGUUCGCCGCGAUGAGGUCAUCCGGGCAGAGAUUCGACAGGAUGUCCAGAGGCUCCCCGACGAGGCCAACUACCACCAGGACUGGAUGCAGACCAUGAUCCUCGAUAUUCUCUUCAUCUACUGCAAGGUGAACCCGAACCGAGGAGGCUAUCGUCAGGGCAUGCACGAGCUGCUUGCCCCGAUAGUGAAUGUCGUCGAGCAGGACGCGAUUGAUCGCUCUGUGAUCGGGGCCGACCCAUCGUCCCUGGAUCAGUCCAUGCUCGAGGUUCUCGACUCUUCGUAUGUUGAGCACGACGCCUACCUACUGUUCUCGCGCGUCAUGGAGCGCGCGCAGUCAUUCUAUGAGGUCCAGGACUCUAGCGAUUCCUCAGCAGCUUCCCGGAUGGAGCCCGGUUAUCAAGAAUCGCGUUCGGCAAUCGUCGAGAGAAGCAAAUUUAUCCACGAGGUCUGCCUGCACAGCGUGGACCAAGAGCUCGCCUCUCAUCUCAUGGACAUUGAGAUUUUGCCUCAAAUCUUUCUCAUCCGGUGGGUACGACUUCUUUUCAGCCGCGAAUUCCCUCUCGACCAGGUUUUGGAGCUCUGGGACGCCAUCUUUGCCGUAGAUCCCUCUCUCGACUUGAUAGACUUUAUCUGUUGCGCCAUGUUGGUUCGCAUCCGCCAUCAAUUGCUGGAAGCCGACUACUCCGCCUGCCUUAGGCUUCUUCUCAAGUAUCCUCCGCCCGCACCACCACACGGGCCACACACCUUUGUCGACGAUGCUCUGUACCUUCGCGACCAUAUGAACGCUGCUGGAAGGGAUGCCCUAGUUGUCAAGUAUACCGGCAAGGCGCCAGAGACCUCAAGCGCCCCGCCGGGCUCACCAGACCGUCGAGGGCUAAACCACUUCCGCCCGCGGGGAUUCGGUGGCAGAUCGCCAUUGCCAUCACCGUCGCGAUUUAUCCAACAGCAAGGCCGUGUGGAGUCGCUAUUCCAAGGCGCCGCCAAAAGCGCCAAGGGGGUCUUGGAACGGGGAGAAAAGCUAGGCCUCAACCAGGCUGUUCGGGAUGCCGUGGUGGAAUUCCGGCGAAACAUGCAAACCUUCAACGAGACUCGGCAAUCAGAAAAAACGCCGAGAAACGCAGGGGGCGAAGGUGCUGCUGCGGAAGCGCUUGCAGCGAUGGAAAGACGCAACAAGCAGCUGGCAGCUCUCCUGGACGAGACGGUAGCGAACCUCAAGGCAGUAACCACGUCGAGCCUAGAUGAUAAGGCCAAGAGCCUCGACCUCAUCGAAGUGGCGGCCGCCAAGAUCCAGUUUGUUCAGGUGUACCUGAGUGACUCGUCCUUGGAAGUACCCAGCGGCGAUGUUCCGGCAGCCAAGGAGCCCCAGACAGUCUCGUGGGAAAACACUACAAGCACGCCAAAGCCAAGCCACACCAUGCAGGCUCAGGAACAGGACUUGGAUGUCGAGGGCAAACCAAUCCUGCCCAAAGCGGACGAAUCAGAAGUGUGUCGGCAGUCGGCAGAGGAAGUUGCGGGCGCCCACGGCCAAGAGGGCAGCUCUCGCGACCUUGCCCCUGAGCCUGUGCGGCCCGCUGCCCCUAUUCCCACGCGCUCAGCCCUGGCGCAGUCCUCGUUUUCGUGGAUGCUGGAGCCUGGCGAGUUAGUCUCGAGCCAGCCUCUGCCGUCGGCCAGUCAAUUCCCCGCCGCACAGCAUAAACGUCCCUCGAGCAAUGCCAGCCGUGAACGAAAUGCGUUUCUGUUCGGCGAAGUCGCGACAGAAACAAUCACGAAGGAACCUCCCAACGGAGAUGAGGUUUUUGGGCUGGAAACUAUCCGCAAGCCCAAGAACAAGCCAUGA